GAAAAACCUGUUGUUCCUCUGACGUUGGACGGGGAGGUGUGAAAACAAGGCGUCUCACUGGUUAGUGGGUUAGGUCAGCAAAUCUACAGCCACUUCGGACAGUCCUGACCAUCUGACUCACGCAGGUCCAGUCACCAUGACAACCCAGUGGGAGGCAGAGGGACGAGGGCACAGAUGGAUCAACUAUGCCUACCGGAUCUACAAGCAAGAAGUCGGACAGGAGGAGUUUAGGCAGAAACUGUCCGAGCAGUUCACGCCUCAGCCUGACCCGAGUAUCUUCAGCAAGGUCAGCAUCAACUCCAAGGUCGACAAGUUGCGGCUGAUCUUCACUUCAUCGUCCCUGGCGACGGGGAAGCGUCCAUUCCACGCCGUGGGGGUGGGCGCCGUCGGCAACGCGACUGUCGUGAGUGAGCCGACCUUUCCCGAACACGAGUUCUUCAAACCGGGAAGGGUGUUUCCCAUCCGCGUUCGUCACUCCAACUUCAACCAGGUUGACGACGCCAGUAUUGACAUCCGUGGCGCGGCACUGAAGUUUGAUGACGUCGACGUGGACGGUCCCUUUGAUCUGAUGAUGGCCACCGGGGCCAUGGCGCCAUAUUGGAACAUCUCCAGCUUUGAGGAGUACCUGAACUCCCGGGGAAGCCCCGAGAAGACACGGGCGUGGCUCUACAACUUUCCUCAGAAUUACUACGCCUACGUUGACGGAUGCCGCCGCGCACCCAGGUCCUACUCCACCCUGCACUACUACUCCCAGCACAUCUCCCAGUUCCGCGGGAAGGAUGGCGUCCUGCGAUACGUCAAGUACCGCAUGCUGCCGCUAGAUGACGCUGUGGAGUCGGGAUUACUGAGUCAUGAAGAUCAGCGGUCUAUCUGGGACCCCAAGCGCCUCCCAGACGAGGAGCGUGCUCAGAACUACCUACGUCAGGAGUUCGCCGAGCGUCUGAAGAAAGGACCGAUCAACUACAAACUCCAGAUCCAGCUUCACAAGUUCCGGCAAGGCGAUUCGGAGGAGAUCUUCAACGCCUCCAGGGUUUGGGACCCUCAGAAUCACCCGUGGAAAGACCUCGCCGACGUUGCCAUAACGACGCUGUUGCCGGAUCACGUGACGGAGAAGACGAGUUUCGCCAUCGGGAACCAGCCGGACAGCCUGGGGCUGGUGGUGCCGAAGACCGUGGAGGACUACAACAGCGUGCCGCACAUCCUGUCCCGCGCCAUCCCCACAUCCAACACCGCCGUCAGGAUCAGGGCGCCCAAACAGGAGGCACUGGAGGGGCGGAAGCAGACGUACACGGUACAGGUGCGGACAGGUAAGGCUAAAGACGCCGGGACCAGCGGGACGAUCGCCGCUAGCCUGACGGGGCCGCACCGGCGGACCGGACCCAUCCGGCUCAACCAGUCGUCCUUCCAGCCGGGCAAGGACGCCAACUUUGAGAUCGAGGGAGGAGAUGUUGGCGAGGUGUUGAUGCUGACCCUGGAGAGUCCAUCCGGGACAUUGCGGUCGCCAUGGUACCUGGAGAACGUGGUGGUGACUGACAGGAGGAGGGGACGACGGUACGAGUUCCCGUGUCACAACUGGGUCGAGGACAAAGUCACGCUCCGACAAGGAAGAGCGUCCCUGCCCGAUUUCGACACGGAGGUCCUGAGUGCGCAGCGCGACAUGGAAACACAACAGCGCCGUCAGACCAUCAAAUGGAAGCACGACCUGCUAGGCCUACCGGGAUACAUCAAGGCGGAAAAACACGAGGACCUCCCGAAGGACCUCCAGAUCGGCACCGAGAAAACCCGAGAGCUGAAUCGGACCCUGGACAAGAUAGAAAAGGGAGACUUCCCGGAUAUGAUGGAGCGACUUGGAAUGACGACUCUUGCCGAAAAACUGCGAGGCAUGGGAGAAUGGUGGAGCAACCUUUCCAUAUUCCAACGCGCCUUGCCCCCUCCAAGCAGAUGGAAGGGGAUAGAGGACUAUGAGAGGAUCAUGAACACCGUGUGCCCCACCGCGCCUGCGUGUAUCGAAGACUGGGCGAGUGAUGCAGAGUUCGGGAGACAGUUUCUGCAGGGAGUGAACCCGUCUGUGCUGCAGAGGUGUGACAAGGUGCCUCCGUACUUCCCAGUUCCGGAGGAAGCCGUCAAACGGUCCAUGGACUUGGGGAAGACAUUGAGACAAGCUGUGGUGGCUGGAAACGUGUACCUCGCAGACUACGCCAUCUUGGACGGCAUCAUCGCCAACAACGUCAACAACGUGCCCUAUUUUACUACGUCACCACUUGCGCUGUUCUACGUCACUUCCGCGGGAGACUUUCUACCAAUCGCCAUCCAGCUUUACCAGACACCAGGGCCUGAGAACCCCAUCUGGACUCCCAGCGACUCAGAAAGCGACUGGUUAUUGGCCAAGAUCUUCCUGCGUAACGCCGAUGCGUUAGUCCAGCAGCUGGAGGGCCACAUCCUGAAAACCCAUUUGGUAUUGGAGCCGUUUGCCGUCGCCGCCUACCGGAAUCUUCCGGCAUGUCAUCCCGUACACAAGUUGCUCAUUCCGCAUUUGCGUACGACGGCAGCGUUCAACACGAUUCUCCGUGAACGCAUCAUUGCAGAAGGAAGUCCACUAGACAAAUGCAGCUCCCUGGCCGGCCGCUCCCGUCUUCAGGUGAUGGCCAAGGCCUUCAAGACGUUUCACCUGCAGUCCUUGAACCUCCCGGCUAACCUGGCCGAGCAGGGCACGGACGACGCCAUGCGGCUGCCCGGGUACUACUACAGGGACGACGGGCUGAAGCUGUGGCGCGCCACAGAGAAGUACGUCACCGACAUGCUCUCACUCUACUACAAGGACGACGAGGCCGUGAGAGAGGAUGAGGAGGUACAGUUAUGGAUCUGUGACUCACACGAUAACGGCUUCAACUGGGAGGAUAACAUCGACCGCGGUGUGCCGCGCAUGCUCACAUCGCUAGGGGACCUCUGCGAACUGCUCACCAUCAUCAUAUUCACCGCCACAACUCAGCGCGCUGCCCACGCCAAUGGACAGAGAGACAUCUACUCCUUCAUCCCGAACGCGCCCUGGGCCCUGAUGCAGCCCCCUCCUGCCAUCAAGAGGGUCAGCUCGGACGAUGACAUCGCCAAGGUCCUUCCCGCCAAACCCGCGUCACUGAGACAGGCCGCCCUGGCCAACUUCAUCUCAUCGUGCGGGGAAGGAGAGGUGACGCUUGGCAACUUCCCCGAACGCCGUCUGACCGAGGAGGAGGCACAGGAGGUCAUCGCUGAUCUUCAGCUCAACCUCCAGCGGAUCUCCGAGAUCUCGCGAGAGCGCAACCAAACGCUCAAACACCCGUACACCUACCUGCUUCCUGAGAAGAUCCCCAACUCCAUAACUCCGUGAUGACACGUAGAAGAGAAUGCCUCGGCCCUUGGGGCGUCGCCAAAAAUUGGCAUGAAAAGUUUAUUUGAUGAUUUUUGAAGCCAUUGAAAUUAAUAACGAUUAUUUCACAAAUUCUAGCAGUGUGUACGUAGCGCUUCUAUGAAACCAGUCAACACAAGUGUCGAAAUAAGAAUUUGAACAUAUAUUACAUUAUGUUUUAUCAUAGCCACUGAAUUUACUUAUUACGUUAUUGUGGAACCAUAAAAAAUGCUUGCUUUCAUAUAAAAGAGCCCUCAAAACUAUUACAACUUGCACAGAAGUCUGUUGAUAUACGUAUGCGUUUCAUGAAAAAUGCAUUUAUGGAUAGACAAGCAUAGAAAAAACGAUGAUCUUACAUGCCGCUUAAUAAUGAAAUUAUUAUACUAGCUAAGUACUAGAGCAUGAUAAUGUACAGAUACGCAUAUAAAAACGCAAUCAAGUUAAUACCUAACACGGUGCACCGGUGUAAGCUUCGGAAAGCGAAAGGUGCUUUAAACAAAGUAAUAAUGGUCAAUAGAAAUAUUCAUUCUAGAAAUAACACUCCAAUUAAUCAAUUUGGAUUUUAUUGUGGUAAACAAUAAUUCAAACCAUAAUAACACAUAAUUUUAGGCAAUAAGGCAAUGUAGUAAGGAGAUUCACGGUUCUAAGUACGCAUGUGCAACAGAGUGCAUUAUGGGUAAGAAUGUGAAGGGACCUUGCAAAUAGAGCAAAACACGUCUGGACAUUGUUAUGCAAAUCGGACAAUAUUUGAGACAAGAACUAUUUACAACUUAGUGGCUAUCAACUUUGACGUAUUGCCAACAAUGCAUUGCGUUGCACAUGCGUACUUACAAUCGUCAACAACCAUGCACCCAACGAGGUAUGGAGAAUAAAAGGCGCUCAGUAGAAAUGACACUCCCAGCUUUGGUUCUUUUCUUUUAGAUGAAAAAACAUUCGCUGCUUGAGGCACAAUGAUAUAACUUUAGGCAAUAAAGGCAAUGUAAUAUACUUUGGGGAAUUAAGCAUUAAACAAUGUGGUACUGAGUGUAGUGACCUUUAGCAUACUAACCAAUGUAUGCCAACACUUGCUACAAUCACGUACAGACAGCAAAUGUCUUGUUGAAGGAUACUUCCGUUCUGGUAUCCAGAUAAUCCAAAUGUAACACUCGACAGAAUGUAGAUUAAACUGAUAGGAACAA